AGACAAGGCGCCCUUUAAAGCUAUCCUUUCUGUCAAUUUGCUUUUCUGAGGAGUGUUGUUAGUGUCACAAUAGAGGAAUUGAAGAGACAAAACAAAGAAAGGGAAAACAAAACAUGGAUCAUUAGAAGAAGAAGAAGAAGAAAGAGAGAACACAGAAAAAGUGAUUAAGUAAUCAUGGAGUUUCUGAGGGCUUCGAUUGGUUGAUGAUUUGGCUUUCUUUCAUCUUCUCAGGUUUAAGAUAUUUGGAUUUAGAUUUAAGAUGGAUUUUUCAGAUUCUACAAGAGUAGUAUUUAGUAGAAUUCGAGAACUAGAGCCUGAACUUGUCACCAAGAUUAUUGGCUAUCUUUUGCUUCAAGACAAUGGGGAUCGUGAGAUGAUCCGGCUGGCUUUUGGCCCUGAUAACUUGAUACAUUCUUUAGUCAACAAAGCCAAAACUGAGUUAGGAUUAUCGAAACCAUCGCCUAGUUCGCCUUCUCAGGCUAAUCAACAACCUCUUUCAGACCAUCCUUUGCACUUUACUUCCUACACUCCUGCUUCAGCAAGGGCUGCUUUCCCUCCACCAACUCUCAUAACCCCCAAUCAUUAUUGGGAUCAUCAAUUGUCUGCAGCUGACCUGCAGCCACUGUAUCCUGACUCAGUUGCUGAAGAUUUUCAUCUUCAAAACCAACUGCAGUUGUUGAGACUAGAAGAUUCACUAGAAUCCGCUAGCUCUGUUAGUGCAGACCAUGUUAGCAAUUACUACUACACUGAGCCUGCAUUGGGUUUGAGGCAGAGUCGAAGGUCUCCAAGCUUGCCUGAAUUUCCUGUUAAGAUUUGUCAUUAUUUUAACAAGGGGUUUUGUAAGCAUGGAAGCAACUGUAAGUACUAUCAUGGCCAUCACUCGCCCGAUAGCUUUCCUCAUCAUCAUGUUUUCUCUGACUUCUCAAAUGAUGACCAUGCUAUCUCUCCUGGUUCUCUUGAGAAGCUGGAGAUGGAGAUAACUGAGCUUCUGAGAUCGAGGCGAGGGUGUCCGGUAUCUAUUGCCUCUUUGCCAAUGAUGUAUUAUGAGAAAUAUGGGAGGUCUCUUCAGGCCGAAGGAUACCUCACAGAAAGCCAAAGGCAUGGUAAGACAGGUUACAGUCUUACAAAGCUCCUAGCUCGGUUGAAGAACAGUAUUCGUCUCCUUGAUAGGCCUCAUGGUCAGCAUUCAGUCAUAUUGGCAGAAGAUGCCCCUAGAUAUCUAGAGCAUGGUGGUGACAAAAAUGAACCUGGUGGAAUUGUUUCUGGUUCUCGACAGAUUUAUCUUACUUUUCCUGCUGAGAGUACCUUCACAGAGCAAGAUGUUUCUAAUUAUUUCUGCAAAUAUGGGCCUGUUCAGGAUGUAAGGAUUCCAUGCCAACAGAAGAGAAUGUUUGGCUUUGUUACCUUUGUUUACCAGGAGACAGUCAAGGAAAUUCUGGGAAAGGGGAAUCCUCAUUUUGUCUGUGGUGCUCGUGUUUUAGUGAAACCUUACCGGGAAAAGUCGAGGCUUGUUGAUAGGAAAGAAAAAAUGUUGCAUCCUAUGUGCUGCAACUCAAACUUUGUAGAUAGAGAGUCCGACCUUCCAUUGUUGCCAAGGGUAUAUGAUGAUUCAAGCUUCUUUAGGAAGCCCUCAAUGUCGGACAAUGAGCAAGCUUUUGAGGUUGACAGAAGAUGCUUUUCAGAAAUGAACUAUGCAGCCAAGAGCUUGUCUAAUCACUCCAUAUAUAGCUACUCAAUGGAUGAGUUGAAGAUUCCAGAUGCUGGUGCUGAACAAGCUGAAUUCCCAACUGUUGAGGGUUUUAGUUACUUUUUUGAUGCUUUAAACAACUCUUCCAACAUUGAGGAAACUAGACUUGGGCAUAUUCGUACUAAUUAUAGCGAUCAUCAGGACAGCCAAGGAGUAAAUCUUCCAGAGAGUCCGUUCGCGCAGGCCAUAGGGAGCAGCAUAUCAACGGUUACUUAGAUACUCCAAACAGCCAUGAAGUAUAGAGAUAUAGGACUGAAUUCUAUGACUAAUCCAGGGAUUGAUUGAUACAACAAGAAUUUCGUUUUUCUUUUCUUUCCUUUUUUUUUUUUAUAAUUUUAGUUCACCUCAAGUUGAUGAAUAUUACUACAGCUACUUAGGAGGUUAUACAAACUGAAAGAGAACACUAGAUGGAGAAACUUCUGUUGGAGAUGUUGCAAAUAAUUGGUAUAGAAAAUUAAUAUGUGACAGGUUUCUUUAGUUCAUUCUUCUUUUUCUUUAUUAUUAUUUAUUAUAAGUGUAUAAGUACGGCAGCAAGCAAGAAAGCUUAUUGUUCUAAAGAUCUAUGCAAAAGUGAAACUGAAAUCCUAAUAAAAUAGCAAAUACAUAGUUUGAUUUCUA